UUAGGAAUCCAAAAUAAGGGCGUUGGCCUUCACUACAAGUCUACACUAUACCAAGUUAGCAUCCAUGAGGUAUCCACUAACUUUCCAUUGGAAUUGGUUUAGGAUUUGAUUAUUAUGCAAAAUUUGAGUUCCAAGGCCACAACUACAGGUUACAAGAUCAUUUAUUCUGCUUUGAUCUCCCAGCCCUCAUGUUUUAUCUUAAGCAAGAGUAUUGCUUAAGGCAAUUGCUUCUUCCAUUCCCUCCAAAUUUAAAAUUCUACCAAACUACCCAAAUCCUACUUUUCUCUACUCUAUCUUCUCUCUUAAAUGUCUGCAAUAAUCCCCAAUUUCUCAAGCAAUUCCAUGCUAGGUGCAUCCUUCAUGGCCAUGACCAAAAUCCUACACUAUCUUGUAGACUUCUUGAAUGCUACUCCAAUUUUGGCCUUCACAAUCUCUCUUUACAUGUUUUUAAUUCAAUUUCUAACCCUACUUCAGAACUUUAUAACUGGGUUCUUCAAAUUUUUGCAAAUAAUGGACAAUUUAAACAAACUCUUUUGUUAUAUGACAAGAUGGUAAAAAGUUCUAUGUACCCAGAUGAAAUUGCUUACCCUUUUGUACUUAGGUCAUGUAAGCAAGCCUUAGAUGUUUAUAAUGGUAGAAAGAUUCAUGGGCAUUUGGUGAAACUUGGAGUUGAUGUGAAUGAACAAGUGAGUGUUGGUUUAGCUGAGUUUUAUAAAGAACCUGGUGAGUUUGAGAGUGCACAUAAAUUGCUUGAUGAAAUGCCUGAUAAAGGGUUGGAUCAUUGGGAUUAUACGAUAUUGGAGAGUUUACAGAAUGGUGAUGCUAGGGAGUGUUUUGAUGUGUUCAAGCAGAUGAUAGAAAAUAAUAUUUGGCCGAAUUCGGUCUCUUUGAUCAAUCUGUUAAGAGCAAGCACAGUAUUGAACUCUUUGCAGCUAGGAGUUUUGGUCCAUGAUUUAGUUGUUGUAAGUGGUAUAAGUGGAGAUUUAGCUGUAAGUACUGCAAUUUUCACUAUGUACUCCAAACUAGGUAGCUUGAAGAGUGCAAGUUUAGUGUUUGAGACGAUGCCUGAAAAGGAUCGUGUCUUGUGGAACUUAAUGAUUUCAGCAUAUUCUCGAUAUGGGCAUCCGAAAAAAUCACUAGAAUUGUUGGUGAAAAUGUGUUAUGAAGGAAUAAGAAUGGAUAUGUACACUGCAAUAGCAGCUAUACCUCCUAUCGGAGAGUUGAAAUCACUUCAAUGGGGGAAGCAAAUACAUGCCCAUGGCAUUAAAAAUGGGCUAGAUCAUCACAUCUCAGUUCAGAAUUGUUUGAUAGAUAUGUAUUGUAAAUGUAAUAGUUUGGAAGCUGCCGAAAAGGUUUUUGAUUUGGUGAAUGAGAAAACCGAAAUUUCAUGGAGUUCUAUGAUUAAAGCAUAUGUUACUCAUGAUCGAUUUUCUGAUGCUCUAUGUCUAUUUGUCAAAAUGAAGCAUGAUGGUUUUUUGGUUGAUUCGGCUGCAGUUGUAAAUGUCUUGCCUGCCUGUGUGCAUGCUAGUGCCUUGGAACAGGUAAAGUACAUUCAUGGGUGUACCAUCACAUACGGUCUGCACUCCGUACCUUCGGUGAAUACGGAACUUCUUGUGAGCUACUCUAAAUGUGGGUGCAUAGACAUGGCAAGAAGGCUAUUUGACGAGCAAGAGCUUGAUAAUAAAGACAUCAUUACCUGGAAUUCGAUAAUAAGUGCGUAUUCUAAACAUGGAGAGUGGAAAAAAUGCUUUGAUGUUUACAAUCAGAUGAAACAGUCAUAUUUCAGACCCGAUUCAGUGACAUUUCUUGGAUUACUGACAGGUUGUGUUAACUCCGGUCGAGUUGAAGUAGGGUGGAAAGUAUUCAAGGAAAUGACCGAAACUUAUGGUUUCCAACCAAGCCAAGAACACUAUGCUUGUAUGGUGGAUCUUUUGAGCAGGGCAGGACAUAUAGGUAAAGCUCGAGAGCUAAUAAACUUGAUGCCGUUCAAGCCAGAUGCGCGUGUAUGGGGCCCGCUGUUGAGUUCCUGUAAAUUGCACUCGCAGAGUGCAGUUGCCGAGAUGGCAGCUGAGAAGCUGAUGGAAAUCGAACCUACAAAUGCAGGGAACUAUAUAUUAGCUUCUAACAUAUAUGCUGCAUCUGGGAAGUGGGAAAGAGUAGCACAUAUGAGAAGGAUGGUUAAAAAUAAAGGUUUGAAGAAGAUUCCUGGAUGUAGUUGGCUAGAGGUUGAUGGACUAGUGCACCGUUUUCGAGUUGCUGAUAGAUCACACCAAAGAUCGAUUGAGAUUUAUUCCAUUUUGCAGAAUGUAAAGCUAGAAAUUGAUGAUAUCUUGAAUACAAGCUUACAAAAUUCAUGGUGUAUUGAAGACAUUCAACAUUACUAGAGCAGGCACUUGAUUGUUGCUCUUACCAAUGAUUUAUGCAAGUUAAAGAAAAAAUGGGAAGAGCACUUGGGGUUGUUGGGUUCAAAAUAAAACAUUGAUUUACAAUUGCUCAUUUCAAUGGAUAAUUAGAUUCUAUACAAAAUUACUUUUACACAAAUUCCCUCUAAUUGGGUUGGACAAUUAUAUAUUUUUUAAAAUAUUAUUAGGUAUUAAGAAUAAUGUAAAUAGACAUUUAAGAUAUUAAUAGUAGGCAUUAAGAAUACGGCAAGUAAGCUUUAACGAUAAUGUAAGUGUUAAGAAUACA